AUGCCCCGUAUGAAAAGCUUUUUGACAUUCUCUCAUUUGCUAUACGAUCUUUUCGUUCUGUCAAUGAGAAUUACCGUUGCCAUGGCUGUGGCCACUUUUAAAAUGAUUAUACCACCUCGAGCAAAGAACUUGCUGGGCGAAACGGUGCUGAUAACCGGCGCUGGACGCGGAAUUGGCCGCGAAUUGGCUAUCCAAUUAGCCUCUCUCGGUUGUAUAAUCGUUUGUUGGGACGUAGAUACCGAAGCGAAUCGAUCGACCAUGAGCAUGGUAUCAAAAAAUGGUGGAGAAGCUUAUGGUUUCGCAGUCGAUGUAUCAAAAAGAAUAGAAGUCCGAGAGGCAGCAAGAUUAAUGAGAAAAGUCGGUGUGCCGGAAGUGUCCAUUCUGAUUAAUAACGCCGCUGUGUUAUACCAUCGUUCUUUCUUCAACCAAGAAUCGGAUCUUAUAGAAAAGACAUUUAACGUUAAUGUCUUGUCAAACUUCUGGACGAUAAAAACAUUUUUGCCAACAAUGGUGCAAAACAGAAAGGGACAUAUAGUUUGCGUGUGCAGUAUGUGCGGUAUAUAUGGUGUGUCGCAGAAAGUAGCAUACUGUUCCUCCAAAUUUGCUAUGAGAGGAUUAAUGGAGGCUCUUCACGAGGAGCUACGAUUGGACCACAAAUAUUCUAAUAUACGAUUUACGACGGUUUAUCCGUUUUACGUGGACACUGGACUAGCCAGAGAUCCAAAGUAUAGGUUUCCUUACAUAUUCGGUGUGGUAUCACCUGAAUAUGCUGCUAGAGAGAUAAUCAAAGCAAUUAGAAGAAAUUAUACUGAAUACUCGAUUCCUAGAUGCCUUUUCACCUUAAAUUCUAUUAAUAGAUUGCUUCCUGAUACCGCGAUGAGGUUAAUCCUGGACUUCUUGGCCGAUGUGGAUCGUAAACAUCGAGACAAAUUUACUUGUGUGACUUCGUAA